UCUUAGUGUAAAACAGCAAACAGUAUGGCCUCUCUGCCUACUCGUGCACCCGCGUUUCACUCAAUCGGAACCCUCCGCCGUCCCUCCGCCGCCGUUCAUGCCCCCUCCCUCAUCUCUCUUACCUCCGGCCGCCAUUGUUGCCGGGCCCAUCUUAAUUUCAGGUUUCAAAAUGAAGGAAGAGUGCAAGUAAAGAACAGGUGGGCCCCGGUAUUUGCAUCAAACACGAACCCUUCUGAGGAAUCGAACGACUCGAAAAGUAGUGAUGAAGCUGCUGCUGCUCCGGGCCCUCCUUUACUCACCAUUUUGGCUGGUUUGGUAGUUUUCUUGAUCAUAUGUUGGUUCGUUGGAUCUAUAGCCAUGUGGCUUAUCGGUUUAAUAGUUAAUCCACCUCCCUUGAAAUGAGGCGUACGUUAGCUCACUCUUUAUCUAUUCGAAAACGGGGGAAACAAAAUUUGAAUCCCUUUUUUUAUGUUAUUCAGCAUCGAUGAUGUUACGUGAUAAAAAACUUCCGCAGUUUAAAUACUGCUUGGUAUUUUAGUGUGAUAAUUUUGAGAUUGACACACUAUAAAUCUUGCAUCUUGAUAU